GGACACAACUGCACUGAUUGGCUAGAGUUUGCAGUGAUGGGCGGGACUUAAUCCACCUGUCUACCAAUUAGAAUUUAAGAAACAUGAUGCAGCUCUCUUGUUUCCUUCGAGUUAUAUUCAACCACGUUCCUUCUAGCAAUUCAGAAAGCAGUUCAGGUUGCAAAGAACACAGUCGACAUACAGAUGAGAGAAUCACCGCGAAGAAGAAGACGAAACAAAGGUAAUAUUCGGGAAUAUAUUUGAAUUCCAAGAUGGUCGACCGCGUUAAGAGAGCCAUCCUGCUGCUGGUGGUGAUGAUGGUAGCUGUAGAUGCGCAGCUUUCAACACCAAGCGGUAUCAACUUCAUCGGUAUCGGGUACGAUAUCAUUGACGGUAACCCUGAGGGCAGCUUCGGAAUCGGAGGUGUAGACCCAGGCCUCUUGGUCAGUCGACGGAUCUUCAAACUGUCCUACGACCUUUCGAAAACGUCAAACGAUAACUUGUAUUCGGUUCCCGAUGAGGUUGCGUUCAUCCAUCGCAGCAGUGCGGUCACUUCGUCCACUCAUACGACGUUUUAUGGGGAGUCAAGCUACGCCUCCAAGCUUUCCGCUCAAGUUGACGUCUCUGGUUCUUACAGUAGCAUCUUCGCCAGUGUAUCAUUUUCUGCCAGUGCACGCUACGAGCAGAUUACCAGUCGCAUGUCUAGUGAACAGUCAGUGUUCUAUGGCACCCAGACGAUUACUAAUAACGGUAAUGCCCGUUACCAAACUGAGCUUGCUUCACCUGACGAAUACGCCCUCAACAAUGGCUUUGUUGCAGAUGCUUGCAAUCUUCCAACCUCAUACGAUUAUGAUUCAUACAUGUCAUUCCUUGAUUCGUGGGGAACGCACGUUGUAAUUGAAGUGGAUCUUGGAGUGAGGACAGGAACCAACUACGAGGAGUCAAGAACUACUUUUGUAGAAUACGCUUCGGAACAUGUUGGUGCAAGUCUGAGUGCUUCGGGUUCGUACAAAGGUUUCAGCGCCUCUCUGACUGUCAACGUGGACACCUUCGACAGUGGACUGCAGAGCGGGGACAGCUUCGGAAGUACUUACACAUCCUACACGGUUGGUAGUGCGAACAUGCAUGAACCCAUCAAGGUUACAUUGCUUGGAAUGCACGAGGUAUUCGCCGAUAAGUACUGGACACUUCUGUCGACCUACAUCAGCACCGGGUACUGCAGCAGCUCUUUCCAUAUAAACAGUGUACGAAGCAACUUGGUGACGGCUAUGGAGAACUAUGCCACCUACAAGAGUGUGGUUGCAAGAACAGCUGACGGCGCAGUCAAGAUCCCUAUCGUUUGGCCUGAUGGAACCUACGGACUCCCGAAGCCAACAUCCGGGUGCCCUGACGGAUGGCAUGACGGGUAUCGUUAUCACGAUACAGAAGACGACGAUAGCAACAAUUAUUGGUCUAACCCUCUACAUCUAGAAGGUUCGAGAGGAUCCAACAACAUGAGGAAUUAUUUCUGCAUGAAAACCACAAGCGCUGCUCCAUCUGGUUUAGGAUGGGCAUGGCCAGCGGGCAGCUACUGUAUUUACAAAAGGGGCUCUUGUCCAUCAGGUUUCACAGAGGGUAACAUUUACUGGGAUGAUGAGGAUGACAAUAACGGUAACAGCGUUUCGGGGGUACUCCCAGACGGGGAUUAUGGUCGCAAUACAAGGAUCUACUUCUGUUGCCGAACCGAUGGUUAUGCCCACAUUCCCAUCUAUCUUCCAACUGAUGACAAUUUCAUUCUAUUCCCCCUCUAUUCAACCUGCCAAUCGGUUAAUGGGAUGUCGGUCUCCAAUGAAUAUUUCCGCUGGGAUAACGAGGAUGAUAAUAAUCGCGAUAGUCAGACGCAAAUGCAUCCCUAUGAAGGCUUGCAAGGAGGCAAUCACAACGUCGUGCUUCACUUCUGCUACUACUCCAAUUAGAUGCGGAUAAGGAAGAUAUAGACCCGGGCCCAUUUUACAAAGAGUUGUGAUUGACCCGAUCAAUCGCAACUACGGAAAGCCAGCAAACUCACCAUAUACAAUGCAUGUUUGCUUAAUUUUUUUUCUAGAUAUAAAUGCAUAUCCAUGAGUUCAUUGAUUUAUUGACAGUUCGGUGUGUUCGCCUUUGUUUACAAAGGACAUUUUUAACAUUUCCUGUAGAAAAAAUUAUGACACUGAUGGAUUUCCAUAGAGUUACGAUUGAUUGGAUCAAUCAUAACUCUUUGUAAGACGGGGCCCCCGUCUUACAGCGAGAUACGAUCGAACCGAUCUAUCUCAAGUAUAUGAAAAUCCAUCAAUGUCAUACCUUUUUCUUUCGGAAAUUUGCUCAAUGUCCUUUAAAAACAAAAGGAAGCAUACUGAAUUUUCAAGAAAAUAUUGAAUGUGUGAAUAUACAUCAUUUCUAGAAAAUAUUUCGAACAAACAUGUAUUUUAGAUGUUGACAUAACUGGCCUUCCAUAGUUGCGAUUUAUUGGAUUAAUCGCAACCUUUGUAAGGCAGCCCCGUAGUGGCAUCAAAAACCUAUUUGUUUCUUUAUUUUGCGUAUUUAAAUAGGGUAGUUUUUGUUUACAUCAGAUGGAACAUAUAAACUGUAAAAAUAUAAGAAGUUUGUAUGAAAUAGCAUGCAUUCUUAAUUGGAUGCCCAAGUAAGAUUUAUUGUUGUGAAAAACUUGAGGAAAUUCCAUCCUAAGGAAUCUUGGGGAGUUGAUCCCUUGUGAAGUCGCAUGAUAAAAUCUCUUUGAAAUCCACAACUUUGCUAUUUGAUAAUUUUUCGCCAAACCUUUCUGAAGGUAUAGCUUUCAAAUUAUUUUAUUUUAACCAACUUGAUGUAGGGGUAUACCAUCCAUUACGUAAAACAAAUAGCAACAUAAAACUGGAAGAAUGCGGAAUAUGAGACUGUUAAUAUGAAAUACAAAAUAUAAAGACAAUGUGUGCGUCGUGUAUAAGCAGGCUGUGUCCGAUUCAAGGAAGCGUUGGUCUAGUGGUUAGAGCAUUGGCCACAUAAUCGCAAGGUUUUGAGUUCGAAUCCUCACCCUGCCAUUGUCUCCGCAUUGAUAAAAAAAAAACGCCCGAGAGUAAUAUCUGUCGUCUAUAAGGUCAGCCACACUAUGUUUCCUAAGUAAUUGGUUAUAUACCAGCUUGGCGUUUACCAGCAAAGCUGUCCUGCCGAUUUCAUAAACAGAAUAACAUAUUUUAUUAUUAAUUUUAGACAGAGGGGCAAAGAAUAAAGUUUUGCAUCAUUUUGGAAACUAAUAAUAUUUUUUCCGUUUUAAAAGAUGAAUAGAGCGGUAAGUGGUGGGGGUAGAAUUCUUGAUUUGACCGAAUAAGUUGCAGUUUUGAGAACUUUUCUCGUCCCAAAUAUGUCGUAUAAAGAAGACCAUAGUUGUCUUAAGCAACCGUUCCGUGUGUGUUUUUUGUUCGAUUAAUUUUUGUUACCAUUUGUUGCAGAAAAGUUUUGUGAUAAAUCUGUGAUAUUACUUUGGUUUCAAUUUAAAUUGUGCCAAUAUAAGCAUUUUUGGUGAAUAGAGGUUGCUCAUGAAAUUUUCUUGAUUUUAUCAAAAGAAAUUAUAUAAAUAAUAUAAAUAACUCUACGUAUAUCCCAUCAUGCUCUCCAUGAUUUUUUCCUCUUUAUAAUCCUGCCUCAUCAUUAACGAGGUUGGAAAAUCACACUUUAAAUAAUCUUCAUAGUCUUUAUAUUAUUACCAUGUAUAAUUCUUGUUCAUUUAACAUUGUGAUAACUUCACAAGCUAAAUUUUCAUAAGUUUGAGAUUCGAAAUUUUUAGGAUAUUGCAUAUAUUUUGCAUAAUAUUUUGCGGUUCUCGGUCGUUAUUAGGAAUUGUGUUAAACUUCAUUUUGUAUUUUUGGCUGUCAUGUAGUCAUUACAUCAUCUUGAAUGUUUGUGUGUUAAUUAAAAUUGGGUUUAGUGGUUUUAAACGUAUCUUUACUGUUCCUUUUGUUUUAUGAAAGCAUAUGCUUUCGUUAUUCGACUGAAAGUUGAUAAGCUUUAAAACUUGAGCGUCUAUAUUCAUCGUCAACAUGCAUGGUAAUGCAUUUGCUUCGUGCCCUUUAUAGAUUUAUGUUAAUUGCAUGGUUUUAGACGAAAUUUAUAUUGUCCUCUUUGAUAAAUGCAUACAAUUUCAGUAUUCGUCUUUAAGUUGACAAGGUUCACUUUUAAGUCUCUAAAUUCACUGUAUCUUAAUCAUCUUCAUUGUCCAUGAAUGGUUAUACAUUUGUUUCAUGCGCUGAUGAAUUCAGGUUUAAAACAAAAAUACUAUUGUUCUGUUUUGAUGAAUGCUGGGUUUCUAAAUUUACCGAUUUUUCGCAUUUUAUUUUAUUUUCUCAUAUUAAAGGACAAGUCCAUCCCAACAAAACGUUAAUUUGAAUUAAAAAAGAGAAAAAUCCAAAUAGCAUAACACUGAAAAUUUCAUCAAAAUCGGAUUCAAAAUAAGAAAGUUAUGACGUUUUUAAGUUUCCCUUAUUUUCACAAAACAGUUAUAUUCACAUCCUGGUCAGUAUGCAAAUGAGGGGACUGAUGACAUUACUCACUAUUUCUUUUGUAUCUUAUUAUAUGACAUUUUCAAAUUUUCUCCGUAUUGUUCUCUGAAACAAAGUUUUAUUCCUCCCUGAACAUGUGGUAUUACCAUUGUUAUAACAUUUAUGGUUCAGUCAGGUGUGUCCUUAUUGUCAAACAUGUAAAAUUUGAAAUAUUGUAUAAUUCAAAUAGAAAAACAAAAGAUAUAGUGAGUGAUGGACAUCAUCGACUCUCUCAUUUGCAUGUCACUGAGUUGUGCAUAUAAUUGUUUUGUGAAAAAUAAGCGAAAAUGUAAAAUGUCAUAACUUUAUUAUUUUACAUCCGAUUUUGAUGGAAUUUUCAGGAUUAUGCUUGUUUGAUUUUUCUCAUUUUAUUCAAGUCAACAUUUUCUGGGGUGAACUUUACCUUUAAGUAUACAUGGUUGUGCAUUUGUUCUAUGCCCUUAAUAAACUUAGGUUCGGCGAUUUAACAAUCAA